AUGUCUGCAGAUCGGGUCGUCCUAACAUCAGCAGCCCCUGAUGAAGACGUAUCAGUGCCUUCAGAUGCUCCUCAUGAGAAUGGUUGGUAUAAUGGACGAGAUUUCGAUGGCUACCGUGUCACUGAACAAGUCCUGUAUCAGAGGCGCAAGCUACGAGUGAUCUGCGUCGGAGCGGGCGCCACAGGCAUACAGUUCGCCUAUAAGGCCGAGCGGGCAUUCAAAGAUGUCGAACUGCAGAUAUAUGACCGGAACCAUGACUUCGGAGGCACCUGGCUUGAGAACCGUUAUCCUGGCUGUACUUGCGAUAUCCCUUCCCACUCCUAUCAAUUCACCUGGGACAAGAACCCCAAUUGGUCCCAUUUCUAUUCCGGCUCCGAGGAAAUCUGGAGAUACAUGAAGGAUGUUGCUGUCAGGCAUGGGAUUGAUAAAUACGUCAAGUUCAACACCAUGAUAGAAUCAGCUACCUGGGACGAGGACGCAGGUCUCUGGCGCUUGCAGGUCGUUGGGCCUGAUGGUUCGCGUUUUGAGGACACCUGCAACGUCCUAGUCAAUGGCUCAGGUGUAUUGAACUCGUGGAAGUGGCCAAACAUUCCUGGAAUCGAUAUCUUCAAAGGCAAACUUAUGCACAGUGCAAGGUGGGACGCCGAAUAUGACCUGAAGGGAAAAACUGUCGCAGUCAUAGGCGGUGGCUCCUCAGCUGUUCAGAUAGUACCCUCCAUACAACCAGUUGUCUCAAAACUGUUCGCUUUCCUUCGCUCGCCUGUUUGGGUGACCACUGGCUUCGGAGCCAAAUAUGCAGGGCCUGGUGGAACAAAUUUCGCGUACUCUGAAGAACAGAAGCAAGAGUGGCGAGAUGAUCCAGAUAAGUAUGCACAAUACAGUCGAGACGUUGAGGGAGAAUUGAAUAAACGAUUUACUCUGAUGCACUUGAAGGCAAAGGAUCAAAAGUCUUCCCGUGACCUUGUUGCAACUAUCAUGGCAGAACAAUUGGGGCACGAUGAAAGUCUCACCAAACACAUGAUCCCACCGUUCGCCCUCGGAUGCAGACGCAUGACGCCUGGGUCUGGCUACCUUCAAUCUCUCACGGCCGAAAAUGUCGAAGUUGUGCCACGAUCGGCCUCACGCUUGACCGAAACGGGAAUUGUGGAUGAGUCAGGUGUGGAACACAAGGUCGAUGUUGUUAUUUGCGCGACAGGCUUCGACACGACAUUUACUCCCCAUUUCCAGGUACAUGGGCGCAACGGCAGGGAAAUCCAUGAGCAAUUUGGCGACUUUCCCAUAGGAUACAUGGGCAUUGCUGCUGAGAAUUAUCCCAAUCUGUUCUUAUUCAUCGGGCCGAAUGGACCAGCAUCGCAUUCCAGCCUCUUGCCUGUAUUGGAGUGGUAUACUCGGUACGUGUUCCAGGUGAUUGAAAAGCUCCAGACCGAGCGGAUCAAAGCGGUUGAGCCCAAGAAAGAAGCCAUCAAGGAGCUGUACAACCAUACACACGAGCUCAUGAAACGACUGGUCUGGUCGUCGGCCUGCAGAUCGUGGUUCAAGAACGGCAAAACACAUGGUCCCGUGACUGCGAUAUACCCUGGAAGUCGGCUCCAUUUCUUCGAGAUCAUGAAAAAUGUGAGAUGGGAGGACUACAAUAUCACAUAUUGUUCCGAGAAUAGAUAUGCCUUUAUGGGCAAUGGCUUCACCCAGACUGAGGUGGGUGACGGUGAUCCAGUCUGGUACUUUGAUGAUCCAUUUGUCCGACUCUGA